CCUGUUCAAGCAUCACUAGUUAAUCCCCUACAUUUCACUAUUUAUAUUCCCAUGGAUUGAUCGUUGAUCGAACAGAAGAAGGCUUUACUAGUUCACUUCGCUCACUCUGUUUCUUGUGGCACGCGUGUAGCAAUGCCGUGGCUUAGAGCUCUUCUAGUAGCGUUUUGCUUCUUGCACUUGGCCGCCGGGGAAGCCACCUCGCCUGCGGUGUCUCCGGCGUCGGCGUGCAAGUCGUCCUUUUAUCCAAAGCUCUGUCUCGCCCUCUUGUGGCCGUUGAGGCGCACGCCGUCGAACCAGUACGAGUACGGCAAGUACUCAGUCAGGCAGGCGCUCCGGCAUGCGCGCCGCACCGCCGCCCUCCUCGACCGCUACCUCUCCGGCGGGCGCGGCGCCGGAGGCGGCGGGGCUCUCGAGGACUGCCGCGCACUGGCCGGGCUGAGCGCGGAGUACCUGGCCGAGGUGCAGGCGGAGCUGGGGCCGAGCCGCGGCCGGCCGGAGGCGUCCGCGAACGGGCGGGUCCGCGCGCUGAUGAGCGCCGUGGUGACCAACCAGCAGACAUGCUACGACGGGUUACUGGCGUCCCUGAACGGCGGAUUCCCGGAGCUGCAGCGAGCGCUCGACGACGGCGCGCAGCUCUACGGUGUCUCCCUCGGGCUAGUCACCACCGCAUUGGGGCGGAGCUCCUCCGGAUUCAACGCAGGACCGUCGUCUUCCAUUGGUCCAAGUUCGCCUGUGCCGGUUUCUUCUCCGUCUACGCCCGGGAGGAGCCUUGUGGAAGAGCUCAGCCAGAUGGUUCCGGUGAGGCUCUCCGAGUCUCCUGGAGUGAAGGUAUUCCAAGAUGGGAAAGGAGACUUCACGACCGUCUCCGAGGCUGUGGCUUUCGCCCCCAACGACACCGCUGCAGCCGUUGCUGGCUACUUUGCCGUCUACGUAAGCGAAGGCGUUUACCGUGAGAAUGUCAUCGUGCCGGCGAAUAAGCGGAACCUAAUCUUAAUCGGAGCAGGAAUCAAUCGGACGGUCAUCACAUCGAAUCACAGCGUCGGCGACGGAUGGACGACCUUCAAUUCCGCCACAUUCGCGGUGAACGGGGAGCGGUUCAUCGCCGUAGGAAUCACGUUCGAGAACACGGCGGGGCCGGCGAAGUACCAGGCGGUGGCAGUACGUAACAGCGCCGACCUCUCCAUCUUCUACCGCUGCAGCUUCGUGGGGUACCAGGACACACUAUACGUGCACACGCUCCGGCAGUUCUACCGCGACUGCGACGUCUACGGCACCGUCGACUUCAUCUUCGGUAACGCCGCCGCCGUCUUCCAGAACUGCAACCUCUACGCGCGCCGCCCUCUGCCAGGGCAGUCGAACGUGGUGACGGCGCAGGGGCGCACCAUGCCGGAGCAGGCAACCGGGAUCUCCAUCCACAACUGCACGGUGCGCGCCACCCCGGAGAUCAGCCGCGGUGCCGCCAAAACCUUCCUCGGUCGGCCGUGGAAGGCGUACUCGCGCACGGUGGUGAUGCAGUCGUUCAUCGACGCAGCGGUGGAUCCGGCGGGGUGGCUCGAGUGGACCGGGGGAUUCGCGCUCGACACGCUCUACUACGGCGAGUUCCGUAACUACGGGCCGGGAGCCACCACCGGCGGCCGGGUGAAGUGGCCGGGCUUCAGUUUGAUGAGCGCUAUGGACGCCUGCAACUUUACUCUCUAUAACUUCACCACCACCGACACGUGGCUGUCGUCCACCUCGAUUCCCUACAACAGUGGACUGUUCUAGAGUUCAUUGAUAUAUUCCUCUAAAUUAAUGUCUAUAAAAUGUGUAAAAUUUCUAAUUGGCCUCUCUUUUUAUAGAAUACUAAA